CGUUCGUCUUGCACCGCGUUCUUUGUGUGUGGAAAGUUAUCAAUGCACCUUCCCAGGACUUUGCCGAAACCUUAGCGUCGCCACACGGUGGGUUGCAUUCCUGUGCUUCCACAACUCCAUUGACAUCUGCCGACCAAACAACGGAGGCGCUGGAUUCGAGUUUCAGUCAUUUCCAAGCACGAAAAGCGUCCGCGGUUAUCUUUAAUAGGUUGAGGAAAUGAAGUGUUCCCAGCCCCUGGUGAUAAUUCCACGCAAGAAGAAGUGAUAUUUAUGAGCGUGUGUGGAUUCAUGAGUCAAGAAGAGCUUCCGUUUUUCUUUUAAAACUCUGAUGAAGGAGUGAGGAGCGCUCGCCCCCUAUCAGCAUGCUGGCUCUCAGCUUGGAGCAGAGCAGGCGAGGGGGUGGCGAGGUGGAGCGGAUGCCGAAGGGGUCCAGCGUGGCGUGGCAAGGGCGCCCGUCGGGAAGACCACCUCCUCCGGAGCAGGGCAUUAACAUCAGGCAGAAGAUCUCCCAGUGGGAAGGUCGCAGCCAGCAGGGGAGCAGCCCAGAUGGUAGCACGAAACCCAGCCCUCACAACAUAUCCCGAUCUUUGUCUGGAGAUCUUCUGGGAAACAAGGAGUCUCAUGGAAAAGUGGCUCUCUCCAAGGCUAAAAGUUUAGCUUUGGAUUUUCGGGAAUCUCCCGCAUACAAGGGAAGUGGAGAAGUGCGAGCGUCAGAGCCUCUUCUAAAAUGUCCCGCCAAAGUUUGUACCAAGAGCCCAGGAAGUAAACCACUGUCAUCACGACAACAGCCUGAGGCCAACAACAACACAAGCCAGCACAACUUUAACAUCGACUGUGACUCAAAACUGGACCGCAUUCUCGAUGUGGAGGUCAUAUCCAAAGUUCUACCUCAGUCAGCUGAAGAUGAAGACGAAAACAUGCCUGCAGGGAAUUUCUACACCUCCAGGGGCUUCUGGCGGAAACUGGAGGGCGACCGGUUGCUGUGGGAGAAAGGGAGGGGGGCAGGUGAACCUCUGCCGCCUCCUAAACCUCAGAGGACGUUCCAGUAUCGAGGAAGGGGACACACAGCACAGUGGGACAACAGAGCUCAGAACCAUCGCUCCAAUACCAGGAGCAGGAGACGAGUCCAACUUCCGAAUUUCCCCCCUCCGCCCUGCCCUGAUGGGAGAACCACUAAUAUAUCUAGACAUAAAAAGAACAGGAAGUCCUUUGAGUACGAGGACGCAGUCCGACUGGCGGUGCGGUCCGACGCGGUGCCCGGCGAGUCCAGGAAUUCUGAUCUGUACCACGCCUACUCUGACGACAACAUUUACGAGGACAUUAUAUGUGAUGUGAACAUAGAGAGCCCUUAUGAGGACGUCAAGUUCUCCCCGAUGUGUCUCCCCAUUUCAAGGCCCAACCUUCCGAAGCUGCCUCCGAAACCCCAGACUUUACUGGGGUACACCAAGGUAGGUGGCUGGAAAAGCAGCCCGACCUCUCAGCCGUCCAAAUCCUCGACCAUGGCUGAGCCACCCAAACCUGCUGCGCGACGCUCCAGCGCUCAGAAGCUUCAGAGGACUCCACAGUACGUCAGCAAGAUUGAAACCAUCUUUGACGACAAGCGAGGGAGGAAGCGGGUGAAGAACCAGGGAGCCGCAGUGCGAGAAGAGACCAGUGGCAUGGAGAGCGACCCUGAGGACAGCAGCAGAGGGUCCAGGUCCGUUUACGUCCAGUCCACACUGAAGCGCCGACCCGGAUACCGGACCCUGGAGAGAGACCUGAUCCAGCUGCAGCAGCAGAAGCAGCAGCUCUUCCAGAUCUUUGUGGUGGUGUCGCUCCGGAAGGGCUCGCAGGGGAACACCUACUCCCCCGAAAUUACUCAGCAGUUCCCGAAAAUGUUCGAGAAGUCAUCCCGGCUGUCCAGGGAGGCAGAGGAUCAGCUCAAGGUCAUUCCUAAAUUCUGCUUCCCGGACUCACAGGACUGGAAGCCCUCAGGUCACAUGCCAAGCGAGACUUUCUCCUUCGUCCUGACGGGAGAAGACGGCAGCCGCUGGUUCUGUUACUGUCGUAAGAUCCUGCCGAGCGGAAAAGGAAAAAGACUCCCGGAGGUUCACUGCAUCGUCAGCAAGCUCGGCUGCUUCAACCUGUUUGCAAAGAUCUUGGAGGAGGUGGAGAGGCGGAGGGAGAUCUCCCCGGCGCUGGUGCACCCCUUCAUGCGCUGCGUGAUGGAGGCUCCGUUCCCCGCCCCAGGACGAACAGUCACAGUGAAGAGCUUCCUCCCCGGAGCUGGGAAUGAGGUGCUGACUCUGUGUCGGCCGGUGGACUCCAGACUGGAGCACGUGGACUUCGACACUCUGCUCCAGUGUCUCAGCGUGGGCAACCUGCUGCGAGUGUUCGCCUCCCUGCUGCUGGAGCGCAGAGUGGUCUUUGUCGCAGACAAACUCAGUGUCUUGUCCCGGUGCAGCCAUGCAGUGCUGGCGCUGCUCUACCCCUUCACCUGGCAGCACACCUUCAUCCCGGUACUUCCUGCCAGCAUGCUGGACAUCAGCUGCUCGCCCACCCCCUUCCUCAUAGGGGUGCUAGCGCCCUCCUUGCCUGAGCUGCUGGAGCUGCCCAUAGAAGAGGUGCUGGUGGUGGAUCUGUGUGCAGACAAGUUUGUUAUUCAGCUGGGAGAUGAAGACUGCAUUCUGCCCAGUAAACCCCAGGCGGCGCUGCAGCAGAUUCUGGAGCAGAGACAGGAGAUACUCAGGCAAGAGGAGGGAGAAGCAGGUGUGUUCUCCUCAUCACCAUCCGACUCAUCUCCAUGUGAACCAGAUGAGCAGCAGCUUUCCCCAUCUGCCAAGCUCCUGAUACCCACACUGUUGUCUGCAGACCAGCAGGUGGACCUGAGCGCCCUGGUGUCAGAGGCCUUUGUGCGCUUUUUCGUGGAGCUGGUGGGCCACUACCCCCUUCACAUGGUGGAGUCCUGCAGCGGCAGCAGGGAGCUGCACAGAGACGGCUUCCGCAAGUCUCACCCGUCCCGAGGUGUCCGCCAGUUCCUGCAGCUCUUCAUGGACACGCAGAUGUUCGCCGGCUUCAUCCAGGACAAGGAGCUGCGCAAAGCAGGAGGGAGAGGUCUCUUUGAAGCCAGAGUGGCGGAGCAUUUGGACACCAGUCCUGAUCCAGGACCGAGUGGCGUCAACAGGUUUCUCAAAGGACUCGGGAGCAAGAUGAAGCUGCUUCAGAUGAAAUGAGUUUCUGGUGGGAGAAGAAAACAAAGGACUUGAGUCAGAAGAACAAAGCUGAAGCACUGUUCUGUGAAAUCACACUCAAAAACCGUCAAAUCUGUGACGUAAGACGUGUGUCAGGAACUUUGCUUGGGAUGCAGAUGUAACGUUGGACGUUCCACCUGGACUCAGUGGUCACAAAGGAGUCCAGCAUUUCUGUUUACACUCUGAGCUCCAUGUGUUGUUGUGUCAGCUGUUGUUGCAAACUGGAAGUGUCAAUACAUUUUAAAGACUUUGCACAAUGGAGGGACCAGUUGACAGUAUUUUCUAAGAGAAUGUUUCUAUGUAAAUACUUUGAGAAUAUAUUAGAUAUAUUUUUCUACACACUUCAGUGACUUCAUCUCCUCAGGUGGACUGUCAUUUUAAGUUGAAAUGUUUUAGCGAUCGACGUGAUGCACGUCAUGGUCUGCAGGGGCAGCGUUUACAGUCUGACUUGGUGAAUGAGUCUCUGCUGUCUUGUCUUUGUUGAUGUUGCGAUGAGAUGCUGCCUUGAACCUUGGCAGAGUGGAAGUGAAUUAACAAGUGGCUUUACAGACUUCACACUGUGUCAGUGUCGUCUUGUGUCUUCUAUUCAAUCGGGACGCCUCAACCCUGCCUUCCUCUUCUCCACCGUGUCGUGCUUCUGUGCCACACUGUCCACUCACUGGCCUCUUUCUCCUGCCUCUGACUCUGGCUCCUCCCCUUCUCUUUCUUUUCUGCCUUUAUUAUCGCCCUUUCUACACUGUAACUUCGACCUCACUUUUCCAUCCAUCAACAUUUUUCACUUCAAGCUUCCAUCUCAUCACGUCCAAUGUCAUUGAUCUGUGGCCAAUAAACCUGACCCUUGGUC